GGGAGAGAGGGGGGUGGGGGGAGGGCAUGAUCUUUGCUUCCGGUCGUGGGGGAGGACAACAGCGGCGGCGGCGGCGGCGGGAGACCGAGGCAGGUCGGGAAAGCGGCCGGGUCGUCAUGCCCUGUGAGCGGUGAGGCGCUCGGUGCGCCCCCCUCAACCGCCGUUCCAGCAGGGGUGGGCAUGCAGCAAAGCGGCGGCGGAGGAGCCAGGUGGGCUGCGGCGCUUGACAUCUUCUUCUUCUUCUUCUUCUUCUUCGCGUCAUCGUCGCAGACGCUCCGGGGGACGAGCGGCGUCGUGUGAAUGCCUCCCAGGACUUCCGACCUCCCCUUCGGGAUUACGAAUUGAGGAGUCGAGGAAGGGUCCGAUCCGGCGGGAUUUUACAAAUACGACUACCUACCUACCUACCUAGCUACUUCACCUUUGUGGCCCCCCCACAAGAAAAUAAUGUUUACGCCGGUACCCGAAGCGUACUUUACGAAUGCUGCUCCGUGCCCUAGCUCUCAAAGCGCUUGACCAAUGAAGCCAUGGGACUCAGGCAGAGCUUUACAAAUGGGGCGUGCGGCAAAGCCCUGGACCAGCCGGUGGGCGAGUGGCUGGAGCGAGCCGGGCUGCCGCAGUACGAGGGCAAGUUCCUGCUCAACGGCUUCGACGACCUGCGCUUCAUGGGAAGUAACGUGAUGGAGGACCAGGAUCUCCGAGACAUCGGGAUCACCGACCCGGGACACAGGAAGAAAAUCCUGCACGCAGCACGCGGACUGCCCAAGGUCAAAGCUCUGGGCUGCGACGGCAGCGCAUCUCUGGCCUCGUGGCUGGACGGACUGGGCCUGCACGAGUAUCUGCCCAACUUCCUUUCUAGUGGCUACCGCACGCUGGAGUGCGUCAAGAACCUGUGGGAGCUGGAGAUCAUCAACGUGAUCAGGGUGGGUCCGCCGGGCCACAGGAAGCGGAUCAUCGCCUCUCUGGCCGAGAGACCCUACGAGGAGGCGCCCUCCGAGUCCAGACGUCUGUCUCCUAUCAUGUUCCACGACCUCCUGUCCCAGACCACUCGCCCCUUGGGCCAGAUGGACCCCUACACCAGUCGCUCCAUGGACAUGCUGCUGCCCCCGGGCGAGGCCGAUCGGCGGCGGCGAGGCGGAGGAGGAGGAGGAGGACCGGAUCAGGACUGUAGCGUCUCUCUGCGUUCCUACUGUGAGCGGCCGCGCUCUGUCGACCGACACGGCGAGCGACACAAAGAAUCUCGCGCGAACCUCCGGCCGCCGAGCCACUCUGCUACCUACGCCACCGUGUCCGCGUGGCACCACCAGCCCGAGAAGCUCAUCCUGGACGCCUGCGGGUACGAGGCAACUUACUUAGGUUCAAUGAUAAUCAGGGAUCUACGGGGGAUCGAAUCCACGCAAGAUGCCUGUGCUAAAAUUCGGAAAUCAAAGGAUUCCAGAAAGGGUCCUGUUGUUAUUCUCUCCAUUACCUACAGGGGGGUUAAGUUCAUCGACGCAGCCACAAAGGCUAUCGUCGCGGAGCACGAGAUUCGGAACAUCUCGUGUGCCGCCCAGGACCCGGACGACCUGUGCACGUUCGCCUACAUCACCAAAGACCCGAAGAGCGGCCACCAUUUCUGUCACGUCUUCAGCACGGUGGAGGUGACGCAGACGUACGAGAUCAUCCUAACGCUGGGCCAGGCCUUCGAGGUGGCCUACCAGAUGACCGUGCAGUCCAGGCAGAGACACUACAUCCCCCACUCGUCCCUGGGCUCCGAGGUCGUCGAGACCAAGAGCGGGCGGCCCGUGUCGCGGGCGUGGAGCGGCGUGAGGAGAUCGGCCGGUGCCCCCGGGCUCGAAUGCCGCUGCUGUCACUGUCACACGUGCGCCACCCACCGUCCAACCUUCCUCCCGUUGCACUCCGUUAACUCCGGAGUCCAGGUCCUUCUCUUUCCUUGCCUCUACUCACCCACCCGCUGCCAUCGCACACCCGCUCACGAAGCCCCUCCCACGCCGCCGCCGCCGCCGCCGCCCUGCUCAUCUUCUUCCUUUCCCACCACCGCAGAGUCCAUCUCCCUCUCGCAUCUGUCAUCACCAUCUUACCUCAUGGACGGCGUGAGCGCGAGUGUCGCAGUUUAGCAGUUUUAACGAAACGCUUCCGGGUUGUGACUUCUUUCAUUUGAAUCGGAAGGGGAAUGAGUGGAACCUGUGGGAUGUGUGGUCAGUGUUUUUUGUGUGUGUGCCAUAAAUCCAGCCGUGGGUCAGGUUUGUGGUCACCGCGGGACUCCGAAGGACGAAAAAGACGCAGUGGAUGUGCGAGUUGCGCAAAACAAAUCUCCUCUGAACUUCGACUUGGACUUUGAUACGACCGGGAGCAGCUAGUCGGCUAACUUGAGGCAUCUGUGUAAGGAUGCAGCAGCUCAGAGAUGUAAGGCCGGCGAGACCAUUUCGAGAUUUGAAAACAAAUAACAGAUAGAUACUUAAGUGCACAGGCAGUCGGUAGAGGAAGGCCAGAACAAUAGUUAUGUGCGCCUUCUUACAGUACGUGCUCCAGUUAAGAAGCAAGCUUCAGCAUUUUGAAGCAACUGGAGACGUUUCAGGGAGGACUGGCUGACUCCAAAGUAAAGUGCAUUGCAGUAAUCCAGCUGAGAUGUGAUGAAGGCAUGGGUUACUGUUUCAAAAGACUUCAGCUUUGCCAGCUGCCUGCGGUGACAAAAGCUCGACUUAACUACUGCACCAAUUUGCCGAUCCAAUGAUGUAAAUCACUGCCCAGGUUUGAGCGUGCUCGCCGCAGUAGAUAAAACCAUUCACACUCACACAUGUGGACAAUUGCGAUCGAAAUCCUCAAGUGAACCUAACACGCAUGUUGUGGGAAUGUGGGAGGCUGCCAGACUAAACAGAGAAAACGAACAAAAGAGAUUCAAACCCGGAACCUCAUAUCUGUGAGGCAGAUGGGCUGACCGCUCAACAGUGUACCGUUUGGUGUGAACAAUUGUUGUGUAUUUCCUGCGUGAGUUUGUGGCGUUAGGGUUUUGGGGGUAUUAGCGGCGGCGGCCCGCGGAGCCUGUCAAUCAUCCAUGCGGUGGAUUGCGUGGCGAUCUGUCGCAGAUUGAUCGCCGGGCUGUGGGGGGGGGGGGAGGGGGAACCUCCUCCACUGAAGCCCGUCUCACGCACUCCCUCUCGUCCCUCCUACCUCCCUCCCCUUCCCCUCUUCCUCCUCCACUCGGCAGAUCGACCCCCUGGAGAUGGACGCCGACAUGCACUCCCUGGGCAGCACCUCCUGGCUCUUGGACCAGCGCGACGCCAGCAGGCGGCCCUUCAGCACCAAGUACGAGACCACCAUAUUCUGAGGACCCCCGCCCUCUCUCUCUUCCUCCGAAUCCCACUCCCAUGUCCUGCGCAACCCCCCCUUUGCAUCCGGUUCGCAAUCCACACACAGUUUGAGCCCCGUGCCUUCUCACUGUGACGGUGUAGCCACCCCUCAGGGCUGCCUCCUACUGCACCUCCACCUUUUUCCCCCCCCCUGGCUGCGACUGAUGAUGCCCCCCUGGACUGAGCUCAUUUCCCCUUGCAUCUCCAACCCUUUGAUCGCUCCCGGAGGUUACUUAUUUAUUUGAUGUAACCCAGAAAAUGUUUUUUUUCUUCUUCAAUUUUGGACUUUUUUUUUUUCUUUGCCUCGCUUGUCUUACCAGGCAUCUCCCACUGUGAGGCUCUGUGAGGAGGGACAAGGAAGCCAAACCAAUAAGCAGUUUUGUUUUCUAUGCAUUUGUACACAAAAAAAAAACACACACUGGGUGGGUCACCAACACACUUUUGCUGCACUUUGAGGAGGCCGGCAGCCCGAUGUCAUGUCAUGUCAUGGAUCCCCCAUGAACGCCACCCAAUGACUGCACGCUGCUUCGUCAACACACUUGACUGAGAGAUUGGGAGUGUGGGGGGGG